CCACCAUCAAUUGCCUCUCCCUCUCCUCUGCUUCACUAUCUCACCCUCUUUUUAUAUAAAAAAAUAAAAUAAAAACUUCAGCUUAAUAAAUUUGUUGAUAAACUUUCACAUUUUCAGAAUUGAAUAGAAAAGGUGGCUUAAGUACACCUCACAGGAACUCUAUCUCACUCACUCACUAGCAGAAAUUUCUGGGGCAGAGAACAUGCAUUGAGAAUGUCGUUCUUUCAUUUGAGAUUGUCUGUUCCCCAUUUAACAUGCAGCCAUGUUCCAAACAGUCUUUUAAGGCCAACUCUGCGUUAUGUGUUGGAAUACACGCAUUUUCAACCAAAUGCACAACAGUCAAACAAAUGUACAUCAAUCGGGAAGAACAUAUGUCCCGCAUAUGCUUCUAUUAGUAUCUUCCCAAGAAUUGAUGAUUUUGUAGCCUUGCAAAUCAGUGAUGAUGUCGGAAAGACUACAGGUUCUAGCAAGCAUUACCAGUCAAAAAUUCCUCUUGAUCCAGCUGAGAAGCAGACUAUGAGUGCAGAGGUUCAGCCGGAUGGAGGCCAAUACUCUGCAGAAAUUAUCAAUGACCUUCCCAAAAAGAGAAGAAAAAGAAAGAAAAAACAUGGGAACAAAGGGAGGAUUCCAUGGAACAAAGGCAGAAAACAUACUGCAGAGACCCGUGCACUGAUAAAGCAAAGAACAAUUGAAGCCUUGACAAACCCCCAGGUUAGGAAGAAGAUGUCAGGGCAUCCCCGUGUUCAUAGUGAAGCGAUCAGGGCCAAGAUAAGUUCUUCGCUCAGACAACUUUGGGGUAAACGUUUGAAAUGGAAAAGGCUGAGAGAAAAAUUUUUUCUGUCAUGGACUAAAAUAAUAGCAAGAGCAGCUAAGGAAGGAGGCAUUGACCAACAAGAGCUAGACUGGGAUGGGUACGAUAAAAUAAAAAAAGAAAUAACUCUCAAACAGCUUCAGGGUGCCAUGGAAAAGGCAAAGGGAGAGGAGAUUGCAAAGAGAAAAGUUGAGAGGGAAAAAAAGGAAAAAGAAGAAAAGAUGGAAAAGGUUGCUCAGAAGAGAAAAGAGCGGGAAGAGAAAGCAAUGGAAAGAGAAGAAACAAAGAGGAAGGCACACAGAAAAUCAAAGCAAAAAACAGAAGAGUCAUCUGUUGCCCGAAAGUUGACACUUAAGAAGAGAUUAACAAAGAUUCGGAAAAAGAAAUCCACUGAUGAUCAGAUGAUUAGUCAAGGGGCAUCAUCGCCUUCCCUUAGCCGAGCUUGGGAGAAACUGAAUGCAGAGAUUAGUAAGAGAGAAAAGGUUCCAAGAAAAACUUCACUUGCGGAUCAGAUCCAAGCUGCCAAAAAUAAAAAAACUGAAUCCAAUACUAGGAAAGCUUUAGCAGCACCAUCUUUUCCACUCGUUUGCUGAGAUGAAUACAGUGAGCAAAGAGUUGCAUCCUGUGAAGCAACUGAAGCUCAAGUUGCAUUUUUUUCCUAUUAUGACUUCCAUCCACUUGCUGUUGUUGCUGACACUUGAGCAAUCGUCCCCUGCACAGA